CCUAAGGAUGAGAAACUAUUUGGUGGUGUGCCCCGCCCCUGCGAGGCAAGCAGGAACGCUGGGCUCCCACCAGCCACUCUGCUCCUUCUAUGUUGGACGUGCAGCCCUUUGCCUCCGCUCCCAUUGGUGGCCCCUCCCAGCUGGGGUUGUAAAGCCCCAUACUCAGGGCCUGCGUGCCGGUGGCUCUGACCUGCCUUCUGCGCCCUGGUCCUUCAGGCACAAUGGGACCUGGCUUCCCACCACUGCUGCUCCUGCUGCCCCCGAUGGUGCUGUUGCUGUCCUUCCCCCUCCUACUGCACUACUUGCAGCGAAGACGCCCUGCUGGCAUCAUGAAGGACCUAGGGGACAAGCUCAAGUUCUAGACUAUUUCCAGAAUGUAAGCUUCAACAUGGGUAUGUUUUUCAACGCCCAAAUGGUUAUUGGUGAAUAUGGGGUUUUCAGAGAUGGGCAAAGUGCCAUCCAGACUGAAGAGAGCCAACAGAGCUCUCUGAGGACAGACGAUGAAGAUGACAGUCUCCUGUAUGGAUACCAGGACCGUGGGGACAUCUCCGUGCCCUUCUUGAGAUCAAGGGCUCAAACUGGUUUUGAAUCCCACCAUGACACUGUAAACGAUUGUAGAGAGUUGGCCCUUCUUUGACCUGCUCAGUUACUCAUUUAGCCCUUUUCUGUGCUCCUGUAGCCUCAAAGGAUGGGGUCCCCCUGCUCCAGCACUGUUCAAGCCCUGAAGCCUGCUCCUCCUCAGCUCUGGAUAUUGACAUUUGCACAGCUUCACCCACCAGAUCAAGGCUUUCUGCUUCCCAUCGCCCUUGCUGCUCUUUGCCUCUGAUUCCUGUCCCCUCCAUUUCUCUCUCUGUACCUCCAACCCUCCCUUACCCUUUUCCAUAUCUCUGUGAAUUGCUUUCCUUCCCUUUGAAGUCCCAGACCCCUACCCCUUCUCCUUAGUUCAGGAAAACAUAAAUAUAUCAUUUUGCCUAACUGUCCUUGGAAUCUCAUGUUUAUGUGAAUUCCCCAUAUGUUCAUCAGUAAAUUUGAUUUUUUUCCCCCUGUUAA